CUUUCUUCUUCCCAUCCGCAGCCUGCCCGGGAAUUGGCUCUUAUUCCGUUGCCUUGGAAGCAUAAAUGUGUGGAUAUGGCAGGGGCACAGCCAGGGGUACAUGCUCUGCAGCUCAAACGUGUCUGCGUCUCUGACACCCUGAAAAGAGGAUCCAAGUGCAUUAAAUGGGAUGAUGACUCGAAUCUUGUGUAUCCUGUUGUUCUCAAAAUGGAUCCUAAUGGAUUUUUCCUGCACUGGGUGGAUCAGAACAAGGAGACUGAACUUUUGGAUAUAAGUUUGGUUAAAGAUGCCAGAUGGGGAAAGCAUGCACGAACUCCAAAGGACCCAAAGCUGAAAGAGCAGUUGGAAGUCGGAAACUUUGGAGGUCGAUUAGAAUAUCGGAUGUUUACCAUUGUGUAUGGCCCAGAUCUGGUUAACAUUUCAUAUCUGAAUUUAGUAGCAUUUCAAGAAGAAAUUGCAAAGGAAUGGACAGAUGAGAUUUUCAGUCUGGCAACAAAUUUGUUGGCACAGAACAUGUCCCGGGAUGCAUUUCUGGAAAAAGCAUACACCAAGCUGAAGCUUCAAGCCAAUCAAGAAGGGAAAAUUCCUGUUAAAAACAUAUACCGUAUAUUCUCCGCAGACAGAAAACGAGUGGAAACUGCAUUAGAGUCUUGCAAUCUUCCAUCUGGCAGAAGUGAUUCCAUCCCUCAAGAUGACUUCACACCAGAAUUGUACAGAGUCUUCUUAAAUAACCUGUGUCCCCGACCUGAGAUAGACAACAUUUUCUCAGAGAUCGGCACAAAAAGUAAACCAUACCUCACUGUUGACCAGAUGACAGAAUUCAUUAACUCCAAGCAGCGGGAUCCAAGGCUAAAUGAAAUUCUGUAUCCACCUCUGAAGCAGGAACAAGUCCAGCUGCUAAUUGAGAAAUAUGAGCCUAGCAGCAGCUUGGCAUCAAAAGGUCAGCUUUCAGUUGAAGGAUUCAUACGAUAUCUCAAUGGAGAAGAAAAUGGAGUUGUUCCACCUGAGAAACUGGAUUUAAAUGAAGAUAUGUCUCAACCCCUCUCUCAUUAUUUUAUUAAUUCCUCACACAACACUUACCUCACAGCUGGGCAGCUGGCAGGUAACUCCUCGGUUGAGAUGUAUCGUCAAGUGCUGUUAGCUGGAUGCCGUUGUGUAGAAUUGGAUUGCUGGAAGGGGCGUACCGCAGAGGAAGAGCCGGUGAUCACACAUGGGUUUACCAUGACCACUGAAAUAUCUUUUAAGGAAGUAAUAGAAGCAAUUGCUGAAUGUGCAUUUAAGACCUCACCGUACCCGAUCCUCCUGUCCUUUGAAAAUCACGUGGACUCGCCAAAACAACAGGCCAAGAUGGCUGAAUACUGCAAGCAAAUUUUUGGGGAUGGACUUUUAACAGAACCAUUGGAGAAGUUUCAACUUGAACCAGGGGUCCCUCUUCCUAGUCCUAUGGAACUGAAGUAUAAAAUUCUUGUGAAAAAUAAAAAGAAAUCGCACAAAUCAGCUGAUGGAAGUGGAAAGAAGAAACUCUUAGAACAAGCGUCCAAUGCUUGCAGCGACUCUUCUAGUGUAUUUGAGCCAUCAUCGCCUGGCGCAGGUGAAGCCGACAUUGAGAGUGAGGAAGAUGAUGAUGAUGAUGAGGAUGACUGUAAGAAAUCUUCCAUGGAAGAAGGCACCGCUGGAAAUGAAGCCAGUGCCACAGAGGAGAUGUCCAACCUGGUGAACUAUAUUCAGCCGGUGAAGUUUGAGUCUUUUGAGACUUCUAAAAAGAGAAACAAGAGCUAUGAAAUGUCCUCCUUUGUGGAAACCAAGGGGCUUGAGCAGCUGACAAAAUCUCCCGUAGAGUUUGUCGAAUAUAACAAAAUGCAGCUUAGUAGAAUUUAUCCAAAAGGAACCCGAGUAGAUUCAUCCAACUACAUGCCUCAGGUCUUUUGGAAUGCGGGAUGUCAAAUGGUAGCUCUUAACUUCCAAACAAUAGAUUUUCCUAUGCAACUUAAUAUGGGGAUGUAUGAAUAUAAUGCUAAAUGUGGAUACAGACUGAAGCCUGAGUUUAUGAGAAGGCCAGAUAAACAUUUUGAUCCUUUUACUGAGACAACAGUAGAUGGGAUAGUUGCAAACACAGUGUCUGUAAAGAUCAUUUCAGGACAGUUUUUGUCGGAUAAGAAGGUUGGCACCUAUGUAGAAGUGGAUAUGUUCGGGUUGCCAGUUGAUACCAGAAGAAAAGCGUUCAAAACAAAGACAUCACAAGGCAAUGCGGUGAAUCCCGUAUGGGAGGAGGAGCCUAUUGUUUUUAAAAAGGUUGUGCUUCCGUCCCUUGCAUGUCUAAGAAUAUCGGCAUAUGAAGAAGGAGGGAAAUUCAUAGGUCACCGGAUAUUACCUGUUUAUGCAAUCCGUCCAGGUUAUCACUAUAUCUGCCUGAGAAAUGAGAAAAAUGUGCCACUCACUCUACCAGCAAUCUUUGUCUGCAUAGAAGUGAAGGAUUACGUCCCCGACACAUUCGCAGAUGUGAUUGAAGCUUUGUCAAAUCCAAUUAAAUAUGUCAAUUUGAUGGAACAAAGAUCCAGACAGCUGGCUGCACUCACGCUGGAAGACGAAGAAGAAGUGAAGAAAGAGGCAGAAGCCGGUGAUGCUCCAUCAGAAACUAACAGUGAACCAAGGCCGGCACCAGCAGAAAAUGGCCUGAACCAUGCUUCUACACUAACACCGAAGCCAGCAUCCCAGUCUGUUCACAGUCAGCCAGCUCCAGGUUCUGUAAAAGUUCCUGCUAAAACUGCACCUGCUGAGGACCUCAUAAUGAGUGUUUUAACAGAAGUGGAAGCUCAGACCAUCGACGAACUGAAACAGCAAAAGUCCUUUGUUAAAUUGCAGAAGAAACAUUACAAGGAAAUGAAGGAUCUUGUAAAAAAGCACCAUAAGAAAACCACUGACCUUAUCAAGGAGCACACCACAAAGUAUAAUGAAAUUCAAAACGAUUACUUAAGGAGGCGGGCAAUCCUGGAGAAGACAGCCAGAAGAGACAGCAAAAAAAAGGGCGAAUCUGGGAGUCCGGAUCAUAAUUCCUCUACUGUAGAACAAGAUUUAGCCGCAUUAGAUGCAGAAAUGGCACAGAAAUUAGUAGAGCUGAAAGAACAGCAGCAACAGCAGCUUCUCAAUCUCCGACAAGAACAGUAUUACAGCGAGAAAUAUCAGAAAAGAGAGCAUAUCAAACAGCUCAUCCAGAAGCUGACAGAUGUGGCCGAGGAGUGCCAGAACAACCAGCUGAAAAAGCUCAAGGAAACAUGUGAAAAAGAAAAGAAAGAGUUAAAAAAGAAGAUGGACAAGAAACGGCAAGAAAAAGUCACAGAAACCAAAUCAAAAGAUAAGAAUCAAAUGGAGGAGGAGAAGACAGAAAUGAUCAGAUCCUAUAUCCAGGAAGUGGUGCAGUGCCUUAAAAGGUUAGAAGAUGCUCAAACCAAAAGGCAGGAAAAACUUAUAGAGAAACACAAGGAGAUUCGACAGCAAAUAUUGGACGAAAAGCCAAAGGUUGAACUUGAUCAGGAAUACCAGGACAAAUUCAAACGACUUCCAAUGGAAAUUCAAGAGUUUGUCCAGGAGGCCAUGAAGGGAAAAUUCAGUGAAGAAAGAGAACAUAGCUCUUCUCUCCUAACACCCGACAGUGGGAAGUCUCCAGUGGGGAACUCGGGAAAUCACAAAAGUCUGGAUCAUGAAGAAGAAGGUGAAGAAGAGGCUCCAGCAAAGGCAUUUGAUACAUCGCUUUAACUUGGACUCGGAGGUUGCAGUAUGUCUUUGUGCUGUCGGAGGGGUGCUUACACAUUGCCUGUGAUUUAUCCUUGGCAAUCUGAUCCUGCCUCUGCAUAGUGUUACAAAUGGCGGAAGCUUACAGUGCUCUUUUGAAUGCACACUUCCAAGAGAAGCAGUUUUCUAUUGCACUCAGCUGUCCAUUUUUUUUGGUAUUUAUUAUUAAUCUGAGUCUUGGUGCAUUUGUCGUGAAGAAGUAACAUACAUGCAUAACCAUAUAAUGCUUCUUUGUUGGUGUAUCUGAAUAGGCAAAAAAAAAGUAACUUCCAGGCCAUAUACACUGUAAAGAUUGGAGGUAGAGAACCUUCAUUCUGUGUGGGGUCCUAACACAGCCCAGGCCAGGACAGUGGGAAGGCUAAUUGACUCCGUGUUACCCAUAUCAACCAAUCCGCUUGUAUCUUUUAUGCAUCGGCAUAUUCCAAUGAGAACGCUUAUCUGAUUGGUUUCUAUGGCUGACGCUACCUUUGGUCACAGUAACCACUGGGACAGUUUUCGGUGGUGUCCCCUGUUGUUUAGUCAAUAUUUGCUUUAUGUUGCACUGAGAGAUUAAACAGUUUCCUUUGCAAGCACUGGUUGCUUGCCGUUUUGAUAUUUUAUGUAUCUGUAAUAUAAGUGAAUGAUGUAUUUGGGCAAUAGGGUCCCUUGCCGGAGAAGAUCGGAGCAAAUAUUUAUUGAUGUAAGCUAUACCCACAGCAUAUCACAUGAACACAGAGGUGUCGAUCAUGUGGGUUUUUAUGGGAUGCAGAUUCCCCAGGGGAAGGAUUAAGUCAAGUGUGCAUGUCAGAACAAAGAAUACUAACUUGCUGGUUAGAUUCUGCAAAUUGGUAACAGAACAGGCGUCAGGAGCGUUGUUUUUCUGUGGUAUUAAUUUGUGUUGUAAUGUAUGUUGAAUCAGUCUUUGGAUAUAAAUAAAAAAAAAAUAGAGAGAGAUAUAUAAACAAAUAUAUAUUUUGCAGGAUCAAAAAAUAUUGAUUUUAAACGAUUAUAGUUUAUGUAAACUUUUCUGAAAACUGUACACAGUGCAAAUAGGAAACCGUGGAGAAAUGUCUGUUCAACAUAUUGUGCUGUAUUCGGAAAUAAAGUUCCUAGUCGUUGUGACUGCACUGUCCGUUCAAUCGACAGAGUUUUUCUUGGUAAAAUUGUGAAAAAAAAAAAAAAAAAAAAAAAAAAACGUCAGCUCUGCUGUCUAGUUUAGCAAGUACUUGCAUUCCCUAUGGGAUAACGAUUCAUAAAGCUCUACAUUGUGCCAUUUCUCUGUUAUUUCUAAUGGAAAUGUAUGAAUAAGACCCCAUUCACAGGAAUGUA